AUGCCAUUCAGGAUAGGUUCAACGAGUCAUCAGCUUGUCUGGGUUCGGACUACACUUUCUGAAUAUGCCAAGAGGCUUGCGCGUGAGAAUCCCGCUGAGUGGAACGAUUACCUUGAUGCGUACCAUCAGAAGAUCACAGACCCCAAGGCAUUCAUCCUUAACCAGGAUGACAAUGAGCAGCAUGCCCGCCAACUCCUCAUCUACGCCGCCAGCUUAACAGUCAUCGUUGGCUGUACGCCGGUUGCCUUCGGUCAGAUCAAAAACCACACUGGGCUUGAGUACAACUUUAUUGACCUCAAUGAAGCCGCUGGAAUGCCAGAAUCAUUGUCUCUCAUCCCUGUGGCGAAAUGUCCGAGGCAUCAUUUCUUUUUGUCGGAGACAAUAAGUAAUUCGGGCCCGUCGUGGCGACAUUGGACCGCAAGGACUGGCAGUCGUUCUUUGGCCUUCAGCAUGCCACAAGCUUGUUUGAACGCAUUAAGAAAUCAGACGCCCUGCUGUUUAGGUUGAAGUCCAAUUACUGCGCCCAUGGAAAAGCUGCCGAUUUCAUGGAAAGUUGAUAUAAAGAUUUAGGUAACUUAGUAUAAGUUUAGGAUACCUUUUGCUAGGCUUCAGAUAGGUACCUUUGCUAAAUUUAG